AUGGAGGGCAUUGAAUGGCCGCCGCAGCUGCUGCUCGUUGUGCAGUGCCAGAUGGAGCAGCUCGAGCACCCAGAGGUCCCGCGCACACCGCCGCUGGCAACAAUGACAUCGCAGCGCAGCGUCUUGACGUUUUUGCAGGACGCGCGUCAGCGGGUGCGGCAGCGGUGCAAGGCCUCCGACUCUGUCAUUGACUGCUGUCAGAAUCUUGUCCUCGACACCAUUGAGCAAUGCUGCACCUCAUCAUUUCUCUUGACGAAGGAGCGGCGCCUCAUUAAUGCUGCGGCGCAGCAGCGUGAGAAGCGGCUUGAGGGGCGCCACGGCCCGAAGCGCCGUCGCGCCGAUAGUGAAGGCAGGACGUCUCCAACAACCGGUGCUUCAACUGCUGUGCCGUUUUCUUAUAAGUGCGCGGCAGUACUGCCAGUUGAGUACCUUCUGCGCUUCUUCGUUGCGUUGCCGUCUAUCCUAGCGCACUACGACAAACUUGGUGGAUGUGCGAUGCCAGCGGCGUAUAAAAAGCCUCUCUGGGACUAUGUCAACGCGAUCCUCGACAUGAUGAAGGACAUGAGUUUUUUCGACCCAGAUGAUUACGUUCUUCUUAAAUGA